AUGGUCUCCUUUCUCGGCACACUCGUGUCUGCCGGCCUCUUCGUCACGGGCGUCCUCUCCCAGGACAACCUAGGCCUAAGCAGCGGAUACAUCACCCUCGCAACAAAGAACUUCAACCUCCAGCUCGUCAAGAACGCCCAAGUCCUAGCCUCGCUCAAACCCGCCGGCGACACCUUUGACUUCCUCCCGCUAGACUACCUCUCUCUCCGCGCCCGCAACGGCCAGUACCACUGGGGCGAUAUCACCUACCGCUACCGCCAGUCCGGCACAACCGCCUGGAUAAACGGCGACUCCGCCGCCGCCCGCCAGCCCGUCACCACCGUCGCCCCGGCCACCGGCAUCCUCGCCUCCUCCCGUCUCGGCCCCACCCUCCCCUCCGGCAGCCCGCUCAACAUCACCCGAGAAUGGCUCGACGUCUCCGGCGACCUCGGUCUGCGCUUCACGCUCCAGAACUCGGGCUCUUCGGCCAUCGAGAUUGGUAGCCUCGGCUUCCCGGCCGAAUUCAACAGCAUCUUCACGAACCGCUACGCCGCCGACAUGCAGCGCGUCUGCUCCCUCUCGGAUCCCUACGUCGGCAUGCACGCCGGCCAGAUCCGCGUCGCACCAACCCGCGGCACCGGCGCCGCUCUCGUCGUCAGCCCGCUGGGCGACACGCCCCUCGAGGCCUACCGCAACCUCGCCGAGCGCAGCUACGAGGGAACCUACUACGGCAGCCAGACCUUUGAAGGCUUCUACGAGUGGCAGGUCCUCACAAAGGCCUGGGCUGAGAACGAGUGGCGUUCUCAAACGCCAUGGAACGUUCCCACGUCCAGGACCCUUCAACCAGGCCAGUCACUCCAGUUCGGCGUCCGCUUCUCCGUCGCAAAGGGCGGCGUCCGGGAGCUUGAUGCCACCGUCCGCGGUACCGGAACGCCCACCGCCGUCGGCGUGCCGGGCUACAUCAUCCCACGCGGCGAGCCAGCGCAGCUCUUCCUCCAAUACGCCCAGUCUACAGUCCAAUCCAUAGCCUCGGAACCAGCCGGCGCCUUGACGGUCACCCUCGUUUCGGCGGGAAAAUACACAGUCACCCCCUCGACGACAGCCUGGGGCCGCGUCCGCCUCACCGUGACCUACGCCGACGGCAAGCUCCAGACAAUCCACUACUACGUGACCAAACCCUCCACCGAAGCCGUCGCCAGCCUCGGCAAGUUCCUCACCACGGCGCAGUACUUCACCGAUACAUCGGACCCCUUUGGUCGCGCGCCGUCCGUAAUGACAUACGACUACGAGACCAAGUCCAUCGUCACGCAAGACUCCCGCGCGUGGGUAGCCGGCCUCAGCGACGAAGCCGGCGCAGGCUCAUACCUCUCCGCCUUCAUGAAGCAGGCCGUUCAACCGAACGCAGACGAGGUGACCAAGCUGGAAGCCUUCGUCGACCGCGUCCUCUGGAAGACGAUCCAAACCACCGACUUCGCCGUCCGCAAGGCAAUCUUCUUCUACGAGCCCGCCGCCGUGCCGGGGUACGCCUACUCCUCUGCCAUAGACUGGACCUCCUGGACGUCCUGGAACAAGGCCGCCGCCUACUCCAUCGACCGCGCGUAUAACUACGUCCACGUCGCGGGCGCUUACUGGUCGCUCUACCGCGUCGGGAGGGCCUACCCUGCGCUCCUCAAGACGCACGCGUGGGACUGGUACCUUAACCAGGCGUAUGAGACGGUCAUGCGGGCGAUGAAGGGGGAUGUCGGGUAUAACCGCGUCGGGCUGAUGGGCGAGACCGUGUUUGGCGAGAUCCUGGCCGAUUUGGGCCGCGAGGGGCAGACGACUAAAGCGAAUGCGUUGUCUGCUGCUAUGAAGUCGCGGGCGGCGCAGUGGGAUACGGAGGAGGUGCCGUUUGGGAGUGAGAUGGCGUGGGAUUCGACUGGGCAGGAGGGUGUUUACUACUGGGCAAAGUACUUUGGCUACACCAACACGGCGACAAAGUCCGUCAACAGCGUCCUCGGCUUCAUGCCAACCGUCCCCCACUGGGGCUGGAACGGCAACGCCCGCCGGUACUGGGAUAACAUCUACGGAGGCAAACUCCGCCGCAUCGAACGCCAAAUCCACCACUACGGCUCCGGCCUAAACGCCCUCGUCCUCCUCUCCGCCUUCCGCUCCAGCCCGACAGACACCUACCUCCUUCGCACAGGCUACGGCGGCACCACGGGCCCCUUAUCUAACAUCAACCAAGACGGCUUCGCCGCCGCCUCCUUCCACAGCUGGCCCGACACGCUGAAAUGGGACGGCAUCAGCGGCGACUACGGCCCCAACUUUUUGGGUCUGGCGCUGGGAUCGGGUACAUAUGUCGUGCAGGAUUCCGAGCUCGGCGUCUUGGCUUUCGGAGGUGUUGUUACCGCCAGCACGGGAACCGUGAGCGUCACGACCAAGGAUGCGGUUAGGAGGAAGGUGUUUAUUGGGCCUUUGGGGGUGCUUGUGAGCGUUGACGCUGGGAUUAUCCAGGACUUCGCGUUUACGGCUUCUUCUAAGAGUAUUUCUGUUACGUUGGCGCAGUUGGAUGGUGUUCCCAAGGCUGCGAGCGCGGUUGUUUGGUUGGAGAGUACUACUGGGACGGGUACGUUCAAGGUUACGACGUCGGGUAUCGCACAGGCGAGGGGCGGGUGGUCUGUUCCUCUCUCGGGGAGCAGCGUAACGGUUCAGAUUGGGCCUGCGUAG